UCCUCAUUGCCCGCGACAAGGCAAGAGAGCUCGUAUAAGAAGCAAAACCUCUGCAUCAUAUUAAGCUGCAUCACGGUUCAUCAACUCCUGUCCAGAAGAAACAAAUGGCUGAAGAGGUGAUUCUUCUGGAUUUCUGGCCCAGCCCAUUUGGGAUGAGGGUGAGAAUUGCUCUGGCAGAGAAAGGGGUCGCCUAUGAUUACAAGGAGGAGGAUCUGAAGAGCAAGAGCCCUUUGCUCCUGGAGAUGAACCCCGUCCACAAGAAGAUCCCAGUCCUCAUCCACAACGGGAAACCGGUCUGCGAGUCCCUCAUCGCGGUUCAGUACAUCGACGAGGUGUGGCCCGAUAAGUCGCCGCUGAUGCCAUCCGAUCCUUACAGGAGGUCUCAAGCCCGAUUCUGGGCCGACUACGUCGACAAGAAGAUAUAUGACCUUGGACGGAAAAUAUGGUCCACAAAGGGAGAGGAACAGGAGGCGGCGAAGGAGGAGUUUGUGGAGAGCCUCAAGCUUUUGGAAGGGGAGCUUGGAGACAAGCCCUUCUUCGGAGGGGAGGCCUUUGGGUUCGUGGACGUGGCCCUCGUCCCGUACUACAGCUGGUUCCAUGCGUACGAGACCUGCGGAGGGUUCAGCAUCGAGGCCGAGUGCCCCAAGAUCGUCGCGUGGGCCAAGAGGUGCUCGCUGCUGGACAGCGUGUCCAAGUCUCUUCCUGACCCCAAGAAGGUUCAUGGGUUCGUGCUGGAGCUCAAGAAGAGGUAUGGGGUCGAGUAAAGCUUCGAUGGAAGCUCUCGGGUUGGAUCAGAUUAGCUGGGUGUCAUAAUUUUAGGUCUCCUGCUUUCU